AUGUUGCCGCAAUGUCAGGGUCCUGUCUGGGCCAUUGACGACUUGUCUCGUUGCUUCCAACGCAAUGUGCUCCAAGUAAUCCUUCCCCUCACCGUCUGCGGCGCUUCGCUGCUGCUAAUCCUAGCUCGCCUUGCUCACCGGUAUGCGCUCACCCGGAAAGGUGUCGCGUACAAGGUCCUCCCAACCAGCGACUCGGAGGAAUCGACCACGGCGGAGAAUGAUUCCGAUGCGAUGCUGUCCCAAGCGGUCCAGCACGAACAAACCCAGGUUGAGGUCGACCGCCCGCGCGGCGAGGUGGUCAUCGUGCUACUCGAAAUUGCAGCUUUGGUUGGCCAGGUUGCGAUAUACAUCACGAUUUUGUCAACUCAGGCCUGGGGCCGACAUGGAACACCCCCCGCGAUCGCCGGGCUGGUGGCAUGGGGCUACAUCUUGUUCCUGGUUUUAGUUCGGUUCCUGCUCUCGACCCUGGAUCUCUUCACGGCCCCGAGGUUGUGGAACCACACAGCCAUUCUAUAUGGUUUGCAGUGGAUCUUCAACAUCAUGGUCUUCCGCUCCGCCAUUAUUCACCCGCUGUCUCGGCGCGCCCUGAUUCUGAGCAGCGUGCAGUUCUCUCUGAGCACGGUACUUUUGUUGAUCGCGCUCACGACGCGCCGAGGCAACAAGCCGGUUUUGGUGGAGCGCGAAGGCAAGCUCGAACCGCCUACGCACCCGAAGGCCAGUUUACUCUCGCUUGCGACUUUCUCCUGGCUGGACACCCUGGUGUUGAAGGGCUACCGUCAACCAUUGGAGCUGCAGGACGUCUGGAAUCUGACUCCUUCGCAGAAGGCUGCCAACGUGCUGUCGGACUUCCGCAAGCGCCAGAUGAAGGGAUCCCUGGCAUGGAAGCUCAUCCGUUACUUUAUGGGGACGAUCCUGGAGCAGGGCGCUUGGACGAUUUUCGCCAAUCUGUUUGUUUUCAUGCCUAGUUUGCUCCUCAAGGCCAUCCUUGAGUAUGUCGAGGACCCUCGGUCUACUACACCAAAUGCCGCCUGGCUCUUUGCUAUUCUGCUAUUCUGCUGCGCCACAGUUCAGGGCGUGGCAGAUGGACAAUCACUUUACAUUGGUCGCAAGAUGGGUGUGAAAGUCCGUGCGAUCAUCAUCGGUGAAAUUUAUGCAAAGGCUCUGCGCCGAAAGGCCGGAGCUUCUGUGGAAGCUGCGAAGAAAGCGGUCGACGACUCGGUACUGCCCAAGGAUGCGCAGACCAAGAAGAAGAGAUGGUUCUCCCUUGGCCGCAAGAAGAAGGCGGCAAAUGCCAAUGAUACCGAAUCUGCACCGAAGCCCGAGUCUAAGAACGAAGAUGUCACCCAAGCCAACGUUGGUACUAUCAUCAACUUGAUGGCUAUCGAUUCAUUCAAGGUGAGCGAGGUGGGUGCCUACCUUCAUUUCCUGUGGGCUAGUGUGCCUGUGCAAUUGAUUAUGGCUAUCACUCUGCUCUAUCACAUCAUGGGUUUCAGUUCGUUCGCCGGAAUUGCAUUGAUGGCCCUCAUGCUGCCCGUCAACCUCUUCAUCGCCCGUCAGUUCAACAAAGUGCAGAACCAGAUUCUCAAGGGCACCGAUGCCCGCAUCCACGCCACCAAUGAGGUUCUGCAAAACAUCCGCAUUAUCAAGUACUUUGCUUGGGAGCAGCGUUUCCAGGAUAUCGUCAACGAGAAGCGCAAGACUGAGCUCAAGGCCCUUCGGAACAGAUACAUCCUGUGGUCCUCUGCUGCGACUAUCUGGUACGGCACACCGAUUCUGAUCACAUUCAUGUCAUUCUUCCUCUACACUGUUGUUGAGAAGAAGCAGUUGACUCCUUCCAUUGCCUUCCCUGCUUUGUCAAUGUUCUCUUUGCUGCGUGUUCCCCUGGACCAGCUCGCGGAUAUGGUUGCCCACGUGCAGGAAUGUAAGGUCUCUCUCGACCGUGUGGACAAUUACUUGAAUGAGGAGGAAACCGGUAAAUAUGACCAACUGCGUGAUAGCACCACCGCCGGAACCCCCGCUAAGAUUGGGCUUGAAAAUGCCACUCUAUCUUGGAGCAACUCCAAGGUUCAGACCAAGGAUACCGCGGCAAGUAUCGACCUGGACUCUUUCCGUUUGAUCAACCUCAAUGUCGAAUUCCUCGUCGGUAAGCUCAAUAUUAUUGCUGGGCCCACUGGAUCUGGUAAGACAUCUCUGCUCAUGGCUCUUUUGGGAGAAAUGCAACUUGUUGAGGGUCGCGUUCAUCUUCCCGGUGGAAUGUCCAACAGAGCCGACCUUCCAGUCGACCCUGAAACCGGUUUGGUGGACAGUAUUGCCUACUGUGCCCAAGAAGCCUGGCUUGUCAAUGAUACCGUCAAGGAAAACAUCAUCUUUGCCUCUCCUUACGACGAGCGCCGCUACCGCGCGGUGCUGAAGGCAUGUGCACUCGAGCGCGACCUUGCAAUCCUGGAUGCAGGUGACCAGACUUUGGUUGGUGAGAAGGGUAUCAGUUUGUCUGGUGGCCAGAAGCAGAGAAUCUCUCUUGCUCGGGCUAUUUACAGCAGUGGCCGCCAUCUGCUGCUCGAUGACUGUCUGUCUGCCGUUGACUCUCACACCGCUAAGCACAUCUUCCGCCAAGCUCUCACCGGCCCCCUCAUGUUGAACCGUACCUGUAUCCUGGUCACUCACAACGUUGCCCUGACCGUUCCCCAGUCAGACCACGUCGUUGUUCUGGAUAAUGGUAAGAUCUCUGCUCAGGGCCGUCCCAACGACGUCGCUUCUACUGGCGCCCUGGGCGAGGAAUUCCUGAAGUCCCGCCCUGUCUCCCAGGCCAGCUCUCGUGGUUUGUCUCGUGUGCCCUCAGACCACGAAUCGCCGGAUGAAGACCUCAACGGAAAUGCCAAUGGAAAGGCCCAGGAGGAGAAGGCUAAGCUGCAGGAGUCCAAGGCUACCGGUAGUAUCAAAUGGUCUACUGUGAGCAUGUAUCUGCGUGCCAUGGGCCCUUGGUACUACUGGAUUGGAGCCGUAUUGGUCUUCUGCCUGCAGCAACUAGGCUCCGUCUCCACCAAUAUUUGGAUCAGACAGUGGGCUAACUCCUACCACACCUCCAAGGCUGCUUCCGAGGAGGCAGGACAAUAUGCUGCUGCGGCCCACUUGAAGCCCCCAACAUUCAAUGUCGGAAGUGUUGGCCGGGUGAGCAGCUGGGGCUUGCCUCAGCUGGGUGCAAGCUCCACCGCGGAGGCCUCUGGCGAGGUCAACGUCGCUUAUUACCUGGGUGUUUAUGCUCUUCUCGGAUUCCUCUACAUUGCGAUCUCCCUGUCCCGGGAAGCCGUUCUUUUCUGGGGAUCGCUGCACGCAUCAUGGAAGAUUCAUGAUCGCCUUCUGAAGGCGGUCAUGCAUGCCAAGUUCCGAUUCUUCGAUUCCACGCCCCUUGGUCAGCUGAUGAACCGUUUCUCCAAGGAUGUUGAGUCCGUUGAUCAAGAGGUUGCCCCUGUUGCCAUUGGUAUGCUCCACAGUCUGGCAUCAGUGAUCAUGAUUGUGAUUCUGAUUUCUUGGAUCACCCCCGGAUUCUUGAUUGCCGGUGUUUUCAUCACACUUGUGUACACUGCCCUUGGUGCUGUUUACUUGAACUCCUCUCGAGACCUCAAGCGCCUGGAAUCUGUCCAGCGCAGUCCCUUGUACCAGCAGUUUGGCGAGACGCUGAAUGGAAUCGUGACCAUCCGUGCCUACGGUGAUGGCCCUCGAUUCAUGGUGGACAACCACCAGCGUAUCAAUGCCUACAACCGACCUCACAUCUACCUGUGGGCUAGCAACCGCUGGCUCGCCCUCCGUGUCGACUGGACGGGUGCUUUGGUAUCAUUCUUCGCAGCCACCUUUGUUCUUUUGAACGUUGGAACCAUUGAUGCAGGUGCGGCCGGUCUCUCGCUGACAUACGCCGUCACCUUCACGGAGAACGUCUUGUGGCUUGUGCGCCUCUAUUCCGAGGUCCAGCAGAACAUGAACUCCGUUGAGCGUGUCCGUGAAUACCUCGAGGUAGACCAGGAAGCGGCAUCCGUCAUCGAGGAGUCUCGCCCACCAGCGAACUGGCCCAGCCAAGGUGCCGUUGACUUCAAUGCCUACACGACUCGUUACCGACCCGAUCUGGACCCUGUUCUCAGAGAGGUCUCGUUCUCCGUCAAGGCCGGUGAAAAGGUCGGCAUUGUCGGUCGUACUGGUGCAGGCAAGAGUUCUCUUGCUCUGGCUCUCUUCCGUGGCCUCGAGGCAGAGAAGGGUAGCAUCCUAAUUGACGGCAUUGACAUCGGCUCGAUUGGCCUGCGCGACCUGCGCGAGGCCAUCACAAUCGUGCCCCAGGACCCGACGCUCUUUACCGGAACUCUCCGCAGCAACCUGGAUCCAUUCGGUCUAUUCAGCGACGAGCAAAUCUUCACCGCGCUCCGCCGAGUCCACCUCAUUGGAACCAACACCUCCGGCACAGCCACCCCAACCACUCCCAGCACUCUCACCGCAACCGAAGCCAAUGCCAACGGCAAUGCCAACGGCAGCGCAGUAACCUCCAUCGACAACAAGAACAUCUUCCACAACCUCGACAGUCUGGUCUCCGAGUCCGGCUCCAACCUCUCCCAAGGCCAACGCCAACUCCUCUGCCUAGCCCGCGCCCUCCUCAAAAGUCCCCGCGUCCUAAUGAUGGACGAAGCCACCGCCUCAAUUGACUACGCAACAGACGCCAAGAUUCAAGAAACCCUCCGCGAACUCCACAGCAGCACCAUCAUCACCAUUGCCCAUCGUCUACAAACCAUCAUCGACUACGACAAGGUCCUGGUCCUCGACCACGGCCGCGUCAUCGAGUUCGAUCACCCCUGGACCCUGAUCAAUAAGGGCGAUGGUCUCUUCCGCAGCAUGUGCGAUAACAGCGGAAACAUGGAUGUCUUGCUUGAUGGUGCUAAGCGCGCCUGGACACAGAAGAGACUCGUCGAUGAUUCUUGA